AUGAAAUCAUCGUCGGAUCAAGCUUCCCGUCGACAUGAUGAACAAGCACAUGCAAGGCUUGAAAUUGAUUCCGAUCAUACUUUGAACCAUCACCAACCACAAAAUGAUACACUCGUAAAAUUAAUUUUCAAAUUAACUGGUGUCGCUAUCAUGUUUAGAAUUGCAAUAAUUUUGUGGAUCAUCAUUGUGGAUUAUUUGGUGAAAGAUUAUGAUUCAUCUUCCUAUGUGGAUACAUUCUUCAAUCACGCUACUGGCAACAUCAAUGAAGACGGGCAUCAAAUGAAAAUAAUUAAUUACACUCUCGAAAAUCCUUUAUAUUACGGAAGAGGAUUUGCUCAUUGGGAUGGUGUUUUCUUUUUGAGAAUUGCAAGCACGGGUCAAUAUGAAUUUGAGAGUUUUUUUGCUUUCUUUCCUCUCUAUCCAAUGGCCAUUAGAACUUUGACACUGUAUGUGAUGAGGCCUUUCAUGUCAGUUCUGACCUCUGUCACUAACUUCCAAGUACAAAAUAAUCAUGGAGUCACACCUUUCAUGAUUAGUGGCGUUUUGAUUUCGAAUAUUUGUUUUGUAAUAUCAGUGGUAGUGUUUAUCAAGCUAACUUGGGAACUGGUUGGAAGGAAUCCAGCCUACACAAAUUUUGUUCGUACGAGUACUCUUCUUUACAUAUUCAAUCCAGCCACAGUUUUCAUGUCUGUCGUGUAUACUGAGAGCAUGUUUUCUCUCUUUUCAUUGUGUGGCAUGUAUUAUCACAUGAGAAAGAGACACUUACUCUCAUGUUUGUUUUUCUCGCUUGCCACAUGUACACGAGGCAAUGGAAUUGCUCUUGCUGGAUUUUACAUGUUUCAAUUCAUGCUGGAAGAGUUUUUGAGGUGGAAGAAUAGCAAAAGACAAGAUUGGACGAGAAAUUGUUUCAACACUAUUAAGGGAUUUCUCAAGUAUAUUGUAUUUGGAUGCAGCAUGGUGUGGCUUCCCUAUGUUGCGUUUCAGGCAUUUGGAUACUACCAAUUUUGCACAGAAAAAUCUAAUCAACUUGCCUUAACAAUCAUUGAAACACUCAAUGCCAAAAGGCAUCCUGCAAGUGUGAACAUUCAUUUUAAGGAUUACCUUGCUCGAAUUCAUCCCUGGUGUUUGUCAACAAUCCCUCAUCUCUACGGUUACGUACAGAGUAAAUAUUGGAAUGUAGGGUUCCUCAAGUAUUAUGAACUGAAACAAGUGCCAAACUUUAUGCUGGCAUUUCCAGUGAUUUUCAUUUCAUUGAGUGGCAUUGUACAAUACGCUCGUCACAAUAAGCAAUUCUUUUUGAGCCUUGGCUUGUUUCCACCAACCUCUCCAACUUCCCAACCUCAUACUCAACAGACACAAGAUCACAGCGAAUCGAGUGCUCAAUCAGCCCGACAUGAUUCAAAUGACACCACUUCAUACUAUCUCAACAACAAGUCCAUGAUAGUAUUUGUUUAUUAUUGGCUUGCUCUCAUUCUACAAGGUUUAGCCAUCAUGCACAUUCAAGUAUUGACACGUUUUGUAAGCUCUGCACUUCCCAUUUUCUUCUGGUUUUCAGCACACAUUGUUCUCACGUCCACUUCAAAAAUUGUUUCUAAUCUCAUUCUCAUUUAUUUUCUAAGCUAUGCCCUUAUUGGAUGUAUACUUUUCAGUAACUUUUAUCCAUGGAGUUGA